GCCUUCGUCCUGCAGAGAAGGCGGGCCAGGAAGGAGGUGCUGCGUUCUUAUUGGUUGCCAUGUGGGAGCGUCACCGGCUACGCCCCGGCCCUGAUUGGCUACUCAGAGGGGGCGGCUUGAGAGGCGGUGGCAGCAGCGUGGGGAGCCAUGGGUCAGCCUGCCAAGGUUUUACAGCUCUUCAGAACACUGCACAGGACAAGACAACAAGUUUUUAAAAACGAUAAGAGAGCGCUAGAAAUAAACGAAGAAUUCAAAAAACAUAAAAAUGAGGCCUCCCCGGAGAAAAUAGAAGAGAUGUUGAAAAUGGGUUCUGAUGUUGAACUGUUACUCAGAACAUGUGUUAUUCAAGGUAUUCACACUGACCGCAACACAUUGAAACUGGUCCCCAGGAACGAUCUUCUAACAGAAAACGUGCCGUACUGUGAUGCGCCAGCUCAGAAGCAGUAAAGUGCCAACUCAGAAGCAGUAAAGCCUCCAGGACAAAAUCCAUCUCUGCCCCCUCUGACUUUAAAUACAUACCUGGCAAAAGUCCUGGGCAUGCAGAUGUUUCUCUCUGAAGCAGCGCGUUGCAAACAAACAAAAGGCUGAGGGCUGCAGGGUACUGAAGUGUUCUGAGGACAUAGAUGUGCCAUCCCUUCAAACUGACAGGCAGUCUUAACCUGGCGACUGAAUGCCUGGGGAAGUGGGACAUGCUUCUCUUUCCCUUUGGUAGGUGUUUUGGUCUUACCAAAGCUAUUUGCCAAUGAAGCACUUUACCAACUUGGUGACUUUUCAUCCCACGAGAAACACAACUGCUAAAUACAAAAUGCUGCCAAAUUAAAUUGAUGUUUAAUUUCCAAAAUAUUAAGUUGGUAAAAUAUUAACAUUUUCCUGCCAGCUCUGUACUGAAAGUAACCAUUGUUUCUCAAAGUCCUGUGGUUAUUUCUGCAGAUAACAAAUAAUUAUGUGGCUUAUUUCUCUGUUCUUAUGAA